CUUACAAACUCAUAUAUUUGUAAAUGGCUGCAAAUUCCAAAAUUGAUACAGUUGAUCAUCAUAAAAACUUAAAUCCAAUCCGGAUUUGUCGACGGCUACCAAGCACACACCUAAGACCCCGCGCAUCUCCAUUGAAGGAACUUAUUGAGAGAAUCAAAAUUAAACCUUGGAUCAUCAAAAAUUGAAAAUUAAUGCAAAAAAAAUUGUUUUUAAUUGUUGGAUUUUGAGAGAUGUCGUCGGAGAUCAAGGUGGUGGAAAAGGUUCAACCUUUGAAGCAAUUGGGUGGUGUCGUAACGAAUGGAAAUGGAAAUGGUCAAGGGUACAAUGGGGUUGUUGGUGAUUAUGCUUAUUAUGCCAGCUUAAGGAACGAUGUGUAUUGCGCUGCUGCUUAUGGGGAUUUGGGGAGGCUACGUAUGUUGGUUGAGCACCUGGGUUUUUCUCUUAAAGAACGUGAUGCCCUUGGUUACUAUGCCCUCCAAUGGGCUGCUUUGAAUAAUAGAACCGACAUUACCCAGUAUAUCAUAGAGCAUGGUGGAGAUGUAAAUGCAAAAGAUCAAAGCGGGCAGACAGCCUUGCACUGGAGUGCAGUGCGAGGUUUGAUACAAGUUGCCGAGGUUUUACUCCAAGGGGGUGCUUGGGUGGAUGCUGCUGACGUAAAUGGCUAUCGGAUAACACAUGUUGCUACACAAUAUGGUCAGACUGCUUUUCUCUAUUAUGUUGUUUCAAAAUGGAAUGCUGACCCUGAUGUUCCCGAUAACGAGGGGCGGAGCCCUUUGCACUGGGCUGCUUAUAAAGGUUUUAUGGAUUGCAUUCGUCUCCUUUUGUAUCUCGAUGCAAAUAGAGGAUGUCAAGACAGAGAGGGUUGUACUCCACUUCAUUGGGCAGCUAUUAAGGGUAAUCUAGAAGCUUGCACGCUCUUACUACAGGGUAGCCAGGAAGGCUUAGCGGUCACUGAUAAUUCUGGCCUUACACCUGCACAGCUUGCUUCCGAAAAGAACCACAGAAAAAUUGCUUUUUUACUUGGAAAUACUCGAAGGUUGCAUGAAUAUCGAUCUAAUAGGAACAGCUGUCUUGGGAAACUUCCAAAAUUAGGACUUGCGCCAGUUCUUUGCUGCGUUAUCGUGGUACAUCUGACGACCUAUAUUCAUUCCGUCAUAAUGGCAUCAAAUUUGCCGAAAUUGACAGCUGGAUUUGGCAUUCUUGCAUGGUUGGGUGUUUUCCUAUCAUCUGCUGGUUUGAUUUGGUUUUAUAGGUGUAGCAGCAAGGAUCCGGGUUACAUCAAGAUGAAUGUCUCUGAUCAUCAAAAUUUGAAAGAAGAUGAACCCUUACUGAAAAUUGAGGCAAAUCAUCCUGCUUUGCUAGCUGGGAAUUGGUCUCAGCUUUGCACGACAUGCAAGAUUAUCAAGCCUCUUCGUGCAAAACACUGCUCCACUUGUGAUCGUUGUGUCGAACAAUUUGACCAUCAUUGCCCUUGGGUAUCAAAUUGUGUUGGCAAGAAAAACAAAUGGGAUUUUUUUCUUUUCAUUGUUUUAGAAGUCAUGGCGAUGGUGAUUACCGGUGUAGUUGCUAUGACACGAAUCUUGACGGAUCCAAUGGCUCCAGCAGGGUUUUCACCGAUGUUUAGCCAUGCUAGUACUCAUCAUAUUGGUGCACUAACAUUUUUGAUAAUGGAUAUUUUCUACUUCUUUGGAGCGUCAGCAUUUGUUGUUUCACAGGCUACUCAGAUAUCUCGGAAUAUAACGACGAAUGAAAUGGCGAAUAUCAUGCGGUAUAGCUACCUUAGGGGUGCCGAUGGUCAACUUAGAAAUCCAUAUGAUCAUGGAUGCUGGAAAAACUGCUCCGAUUUCGUGAUCAACGGCUACAAUGAAGAUGUGCCAAUUGCUGAAGAUUCAGCAAAUUCUGAAGAAACUGGGAUGAUACAAAUACCAAGGGAUUCAAACUUGCAAAACAGCAAUUCACAUGCUCCGACGGACAGAAACGGCCAUAUAGCUGUACAUGUAAAUUCUAGCAACAUCAAUGCACAUCAUGGCCCUGUUCAUUCUUUAGUGCAGCCACGUUAACCAUACCUGAAUCAGAAAUUGAGAGCCGAGCCUUUGCGAUCAGGUCUUGGUAACGGAUGGAAUUGUACCCAUACCGCUGCAUCAUCACGAUAUUCAUAUCCAGGUAAGUUGAAACUGAUGUCACAAACUUCUCUCGAUCAAUCAGUUGCUCAUCCUUUGUGAUCCGAGGUUAUGGGUCUAAUUCUUCCGAUUUGUCUCAUUUUUUCAAUGGUUUUUGCAAUCCGGGGCUUGGUUUAGGGGGCUCGGUUUAGGGUGCUUGAACGUUGAAAGUAAUCCGAAACGUUUCGGGUCGAAUUGAUGUUGUAAAUAGUUUCAUUCGUUUAUUUAUUUUUAAUAAAAUGAUUAUCAUUCAAAUA